UGCAAUUUAGCAUAGUAGUUUUCAAAUGACUUUCUUAUGCCUUUUUUUAAUGGAGCAGUGCCAGAAGUGGCUUCUGAAUACGCCAGAAUCUUUCUCCUGCUGCUUCUAUUCCUCAAACUCCCUAGUCUCAGUAAAAGCAAACCGGGGCAUGCUUAGCAACCUGCUGCCUGCAGGUGUGCCCUUACCAACCCAUGUUGUUGGUGCUACUCUAUUGAGGUUUAAGAGACAUAUUUUUUAAAGCUCUUUUUUAUAUCAAUGGUUCAGUUAAGAUCAAACCAUCACCAAAAUUGGCAUUCCUGAUGAUUAGACCUAGCUGUUCAUUUCUAAAUUCUUAUCUCUGCUCUCACCUCUUUUUCUCAUAAGUAUUUUUAGCUUUAGGCCUGGUAGACCUUAUCUCAGCUACCUGCCAGUCAGUAUCAAACACUCAGUUUCUGAAUGGUCCUGGACUUUGGCAAAGCCUUCAAGUUUCAGCAUUUCACCCAUCCACUAGAAUAUUCUUCCCAGUUAAAAUUGGUAGUAUAAGGAGGGAGGGGAGGGUGGGUGAUGGGUAUUGAGGAGGGCACCUUUUGGGAUGAGCAUUGGGUGUUGUAUGGAAACCAGUUUGACAAUAAACUUCAUAUAUUGAAAAAAAUUAAAAAAAUAAAAUUGGUAGUAUAAAUUCUAUCACUAUAUUUUACCCUCCUAUGGAGCCUGUGAAAACUCGACCUCAUUUGCCAGCACAUUCUAACUGCCCUGUAUUUAACUGAAUUACAUUUCAUCAGUGGAACGUACUUAGUCCCUGUGUAUAUUUAAAUAAAACUGAAGAGACUUGAAAGACAGUUUUCUACAAAUGCUAACCAAAGCAGUAUAACUAAUUCUGUAAACAUCAAAUGUACAGGAUAGCCCACUAUUUUCAUGUUGCUGUAUACUAAGGAACUUCCUCAUUCCAGGUUAGGAGAUGUCCUACAAUGUAGCACAAAUGACCAGCGUUAAAUGAAAUAGCACUUCCUUUUUUUAAAGUUUAUUUAUUUUGAGAGAAAGAGAGAUAGUGUGAAUAGAGGAGGGACAGAGAGAGAGAGAGAGAGAGAGAGGGAAUCCCAAGCAGGCUCCUAGCUGUCAGCUCAGAGCCCCAUGAGAGGCUCUGUCCCAUGAACCAUGAGAUCACCAUCUGAGGUGAAAUUAAGAGUCAGAUGUUUAACCAACUGGGCCACCCAAGUGGCCCGCAGAGCACUUUUUAUAGUAGGAAAUUUUGGAAUUGAGAGCAGGUAAUAGAAAGACCUAGCUUCUCUGUUAUGGUUAGGUGAAAUUGACCUGAAGUUAGGGCCUGAGUUUGACAAUUUCUGAAGGCCUGGUUUGUGUGGCUCCAUGCAAAGAAACAUCUAAGAUUUGUUAAUCUAGAUUUCUUUUUGUAUCAUUUUUUAUUGUGAUAAGAUUACUUUCAGUUAGAGUUCUUGCUUUUAUACCUGGACCAUUAGAUUUAUGUCUUCAUAAUAAUUUGUGGUAAUAAUGGUCUCUAACAAAUUAAGCUAACCUUGAAAUAUAUAAGGGCUUCACAUUUUAUUUUAUUUUUUAAGAUUUUAUUUUAUUUUAACUUUAUUUUGAGAGAGAGAGAGCAGGGGAGGGGCAGAGAGAGAGAAUCCCAAGCAGGUUCUGCGGUGUCAGCACAGAACCUGAUGUGGGGCUCAAACCCACGAACCUUGGGAUCAUGACCUGAGCUGAAGUCAGACCGUUAACUGCUUGAGCCACCCAGCUGCCCCUAAAAUUUCUUUAUAUAUUCUGUAUAUAACAUUUGCUACAUUUCUAUAGUAUGUUUGUUUUUCUUAGGCUGACAUGCAUCAUCAUCAUCUUCCAGAAAGGCAGAAAGUUUAUAUAUUACACACUGUCUUCAUGGAGAUUCCUGUAGUGCUUCAGGACAGCCUCCUCUGUGUCUGAUUUUGGCCCAUGAUUCAUGACUAAAGCACAUGAAAUUGACUACCUUUCAUAAGGUGGCCCUUUCUAAAGGUAGAAAAUGUUGUUAGCCCAAAUAAAUCGAGAUUCUCAGGGAAUGACAGAGUUUCCUGGAGGAGGAAUGGAGGCUCAACAUGUUACCCUGUGCUUGACAGAGGCAGUAACGGUGGCAGAUGGUGACAAUUUAGAAAAUAUGGAAGGUGUAAGCUUGCAAGCAGUAACACUUGCAGAUGGUUCUACCGCUUAUAUACAACACAAUUCUAAAGAUGGAAAACUCAUAGAUGGCCAGGUCAUUCAGUUGGAGGAUGGUUCUGCUGCCUAUGUUCAACAUGUACCCAUACCUAAAAGUAGGGACAGUUUGCGUUUAGAGGAUGGUCAAGCAGUGCAGCUAGAAGAUGGAACUACAGCAUUUAUUCACCACACCUCCAAAGAUAGUUAUGACCAGAGCGCAUUACAGGCAGUUCAGCUGGAAGACGGCACCACAGCAUACAUCCACCACGCAGUGCAAGUCCCGCAGUCUGAUACCAUCUUGGCAAUUCAGGCUGACGGCACAGUAGCAGGUCUGCACACCGGGGAUGCCACCAUUGACCCCGACACCAUCAGUGCUUUGGAACAGUAUGCAGCAAAGGUGUCCAUUGAUGGAAGUGAAAGUGUAGCAGGUACUGGAAUAAUUGGAGAGAAUGAGCAAGAGAAGAAAAUGCAGAUUGUCUUACAAGGACAUGCAACAAGAGUAACUGCUAAGUCUCAGCAGAGUGGAGAGAAGGCAUUUCGAUGUGAAUAUGAUGGAUGUGGGAAAUUGUAUACAACGGCUCAUCAUCUUAAGGUCCAUGAGAGGUCACACACAGGAGACCGGCCUUAUCAGUGUGAGCACCUAGGCUGUGGGAAAGCAUUUGCAACAGGUUAUGGAUUAAAAAGUCAUGUCAGAACUCAUACAGGAGAAAAGCCAUAUCGGUGUUCAGAAGAUAAUUGUACUAAGUCUUUCAAAACUUCAGGAGAUCUGCAGAAACAUAUAAGAACUCAUACAGGAGAAAGGCCCUUUAAAUGUCCCUUUGAAGGCUGCGGUCGGUCUUUUACAACAUCAAAUAUCAGAAAAGUGCAUAUUAGGACACACACAGGAGAAAGACCUUAUUAUUGCACAGAACCAGGAUGUGGGAGGGCAUUUGCCAGUGCAACCAAUUAUAAAAAUCAUGUGAGGAUACACACAGGUGAAAAGCCAUAUGUUUGUACAGUCCCUGGAUGUGACAAAAGGUUUACAGAAUAUUCCAGUUUGUACAAACAUCAUGUUGUUCACACUCAUUCCAAACCAUACAACUGUAAUCACUGUGGGAAGACCUACAAGCAGAUCUCCACACUGGCCAUGCACAAACGGACGGCCCACAAUGACACUGAACCCAUCGAGGAGGAGCAGGAAGCCUUCUUUGAGCCUCCCCCAGGUCAAAAUGAAGAUGUUCUUAAAGGGUCCCAGAUCACAUAUGUUACAGGUGUAGAAGGGGAUGAUGUUGUGUCUACACAAGUAGCCACAGUAACCCAGUCUGGGUUGAGUCAACAAGUUACACUCAUAUCCCAGGAUGGGACUCAGCAUGUCAACAUAUCUCAAGCUGACAUGCAAGCCAUUGGCAAUACCAUCACGAUGGUAACGCAGGAUGGCACACCUAUCACGGUCCCAGCUCACGACGCAGUCAUCUCCUCGGCAGGAACGCACUCUGUUGCUAUGGUUACUGCUGAGGGCACAGAAGGGCAGCAGGUUGCAAUUGUGGCUCAGGACUUGGCAGCAUUCCAUACUGCCUCAUCAGAAAUGGGGCAUCAACAGCACAGCCAUCAUUUAGUAACCACAGAAACCAGACCUCUGACCUUAGUGGCAACAUCCAAUGGCACCCAGAUUGCAGUUCAGCUUGGAGAACAGCCAUCUCUGGAAGAAGCCAUCAGAAUAGCAUCUAGGAUCCAACAAGGAGAAACACCAGGGUUGGAUGAUUAAUCCUCAGAACAGUGGAGCAUCGCAGCAGGAGGAGCCUUUCGUCUUCGGGCAGCAGACACCCAGGAACCCGGGCCCAGGAAAAUUAGAAUUUUUCCAUUCCUGAAAUACUGUACACGUUUUUAUGCAAGAGUGGAGAACAUUUUAUUCUUGACACUUUUGUGUAUAUAACCCUUGGAAUAGAUUCCCAAACUGAUUCAUUGUGUACAAGGAUGUAUGAAAUUAGGGCAAUACAGUAAAUUUUCAUGUUACUCUUUUAUCAGUUCACAAACUCCUAGAGUCCACAUGCAAGAUCAGCAAAGUCUUAUGGAGUCUUAUGAUGGAUUUUUAACUUACUGUGACAAAUAAAAUAAAGGCUGUAUCUAAAAUGUUAAAGGUUCUAUACUUCAAACAAUCAAUUCCAGAAGCCAUCAUGGAUAAUAAAGGAUGUAAAGCCUUCAAAUAUUUCCCCAAGUUAAUAGAGUGUCUGCAGUUUUUGUUCUACUGUA